AGUAACAAUACAUAUGAGAAAGCUAGACUAUUUUCAAAGUUUCCACCAGAGAAAAAUGACUGCCAAAAAUUCUUUAUUGCCACCAAUGGAUUUACAUGAAGAAGAAGUAUUGGCCCAAGAAUGUAAGAGCUUAAUCUCCUCUCUACCUAAAGAAAAAGGAUGGAUUUCCUAUUAUCAGUACAAAUAUGAAGGGUUCUGGUAUUCUUGUUACAUAUCCCAAAUCAGGCACCAUCUGGUUAAAGGCUAUUAUGUUCACUUUAGUGAACCGAAAGAAAUAUGUUAUCAAGGAAAAUCAUCCUUUAUUCAGCAAGAAUCCUCAUGAACUCAUACCAUGCUUUGAAUUCGAUCUCUACUUGCAUGAUCAAAUCCCUGAUCCGUCCUCCAUUCCCUCUCCUAGACUUUUUGCCACUCAUUUACCCUAUUUUUCCUUGCCAAAAUCAGUGCAUAAUUCUGCAAGCAAGCUUGUUUAUCUUUGCAGGAACCCUAAGGAUACUUUUGUGUCCCUUUGGCAUUUCAUAAACAAAUUAAGGGUCGAGAAGAUGGGAAGCUGUUCACUUGAUGAAGCUUUUGACAUGUUUUAUAAAGGGGUGAGCCCAUAUGGACCCUUUUGGGACCAUAUUUUAGAUUAUUGGAAUGAAAGCAAGAAAAAUUCUGAUAGGAUUCUCUUUUUGACGUACGAGAAUAUGAAAGAAGAGUCUUCUGUUCAUAUAAAACGCCUGGCCGAAUUUUUGGGAUGUCCAUUUUCUGCCGAGGAAGAAGAAUCAGGGAUGGUAGAGGAUAUCUUGAAGUUGUGUAGCUUUAAUAAUUUAAGCAACCUCGAAAUCUACAAGACAGGCAAGUUAAUAUAUGGUCAAGAAAGUAAGGUAUACUUUCGUCGAGGUGAGAUUGGAGAUUGGACGAAAUUCCUGUCCCCUGAGAUGGUGAAGAGACUUGAUCAAAUUACUGAACACAAGCUUAGUGGAUUUGGAUUGAAAAUUUGAAGGCAAGUUCACAGAGUUCUUUGCUUGAGAUUUUAAUUUGUGCAAUUAUGCAAACAUUUUGAAAUUCUGUAUGUUUAGAUUCAUUGUCCCGCAGUUUGGUUCUUAAGAACUUGAUAGCUUUGAUCAUUUAGCUCGUGUUUGGUAUAGAAUAUAAUCAGAUUUUUAAUAAAUUUUAAUGAAAAUUGAUGGAAUAUAUGGUUGA